AUGGUUGAUAAUACAGUCACAGGCGAAGUCGGCGAAGAGAUGGAGGCGUCUUUGUUGUUGUCAACAGACAUUGAACGCUUGAAGAAGCAAAAGCGAGUGAUAAAAACUCAAACUUCGAAGCUUUAUACGAAACUUUUAAGAUUAAUGUCCAACGAGAAAUGUGAGAGUGAGGAAUUAUUGCAAGGGCUAGACACAUACGAAGAGAAGCAGCAGGGAGACGUUGACAAUUAUUGAGGAACUAAUCCUAGCGUACAAAAAAGCUGGUGACAAACAAAAUGCUGUAAAGACUGAGGACGAACUUGAGAUUGUUACAAAAGAUACCAAUCGCGAUGUAGUUACAGUGAAAUCGUUUAUAGUGGCUAUGAUUACUAAACCAAUGAAACGAAGUCCGGACGUGCUGGAUACGGCGCAAUCAAAAGAGUAUAGAGACGGAGUCAAUCAACCUUAUACAUCAAAGAUCGAAGUGGACGAAGUAAAAAGUUGGAAGGAACUCAGGCAAUUAAUGGAUGAUUGUGAACGGCGUGCGGGGGAAGAAAUGCCUGUUAAGACGGAGGGUGUUGAUCGCAGUUUGGAGCGUCUCCAAAUACCAAAAUUUGAUGGCGACAAAUGGAAGUUUGCAAGUUUUUUGGGCAGCUUUUUCAGCAAUUGUACUUUCAAAACACAAAAUGUUCAGAUUAAAAACAUGUCUGAAGGGAAAGGCAGCAGAGGCAAUCUUGAAAUUGGGAUAUUCAGAAGAAGCCUAUGAAGAGACAAAAAAGACUUUGAUACGAAAGUUUGGAGGUAAUCGUCGACAGAUACAAGCGCAGUUAGAGGAUCUUCGUAACACUACACCGUUUCAAGACGACGAUGUGCAAGAAAUUGAAAAGUUUUGCGGACAAUUUGGUACAUACGAUCGUGAUGUUAAAAGAGCAAUGACUAUGGAACGAGUUAAAACCGAACAGCAUGUUGUAUCUGUUAUUAAUUGA